GGGAGGGGAGGGGGGGGGGAGGCUCAAUGAUUAUUCUGCAAUUGACCUCGUCCAAUACCGGCAAUGGGUUGAACAGGCCGUUUUGCCAUUGUCCCUCGGCACUAACUUUGUUGGCUUUGCGGACCAACGGACGACGAGGCGAAGAGGAGAGCGAGGAGAGCAAGGAGAAGAAGACAGUCAGGAAGGGAUAGCCACCACCACCGCUCGCACAAACAAGAGCUAGUCGGAGAGAGACAAAGAGAACUACACGUCCACGCAAGAAUACCCAUCUGGUGAUAUAUAUGCUUGCAGCUCGGGGCUCGCGGACGCCGCGGAGCAGGGGGGGGGCAACAACGACGGUGGUGACGCAGGAUUCGGUGCGGACGCUGCGGACGAGGAGCAAGGGGACGGGCCAGACGCUCGAUGCGCGGGCACCCAAGGCAGCGGUUAUUGGGGUGAACGACCUGCAGCGGAUCCGGGCCAAGGCCAAGGCAGAUGCGGCGUCGCGCGGAUCAACGCCGCGUGGACGCGGGUCGGGCGUUGCCCGGUGACGCCCGAGGACCGCAAGGAGCGAAUGCGCCGUAUCGAUGCGGCCAAGAAGAAGCGUGACCCUCACCGUCACACAGUGUCCAAGGAGCGGGCGCUAGAGGAGGCAUUCGUUCGGGCGAUGGCUCAGGCGCAGCUCGACGAGGAGAUGGACGAGGUCAAGGCCAUGAACGCCCUGGUCCGCCACGCCAAGACGGUGACCAUCCGCGACGCGCAGCUCGAGGAGAAGCAGCGCCGCAAGAAGAUCAACGCCGAGCGCGAGGCGCGUAUUGCCGAGGAGAUGGAGAAGCUCCGGCUGGAGAAGAUUGAGACGUACAAGCAGCGCGAUAUCGCCCGCCGCAAGGAGCAGCGCGAGUCGGCGCAGGUCAUCCGCAUGCAGAUUGCCGAGCGCGAGGAGGAGCGGUUCAAGAACCUUGCCCGCAUUGAGGCCGAGCGCCAGGUUCUCCUCGCGCAGAUGGCUGAGAUGAAGGAGGAGGAGCGAGUGGCGCUCGAGCAAAAGCUCGCUGUCCAGCACGAGAUGCGCCUCGAGAUCGACGCCGCCAACAAGGAGCUGGCCAAAAAGCGCGAUAUCGAGGCCGAGCGCGAGCGGCAGGAUGACCUGCGCAUCCUGGCGUACGUCCAGGAAAAGGCCCGUCGCGAGGAGGCGUACCAGGCUGAAGUCGCCAAGAUCAAGGCCCAGAAGGCCCGCGAAGUCGCCCGCGUCCGCGGUCAGCAGCAGCGCAUCAUCGACAAGCAGGCUGCCCGCGACGAGCUCCUCGCCCGCCGCGCCGCCGAGCAGUACGAGCGCGACUGGCGGCGCAAGGAGGCCGAGGAAGCCCGCCGCAAGAAGCGCAUGGAGGACGAGCUCAAGGCCGCGCGCGAGGAGCAGCUCAUGCACAAGGAGCGCCUCAUCGCCGCACAGGCCGCACAGGACCGCCAGGAGUUUGAGCGCGUCGUCCAAGUCCAAAAGUCCAUCCAGGAGGACGAGGAGCGCCGCCGCACCGAGGAGGCUGAGCGCGUUCGUAACUACCGCAACGAGGUCCGCCGCCAGAUGCUCCAGCGCGACGAGGCCAAGAAGCGCGAGCGCCGUGCCAUCCGCGAGGAGGGUCGCCAUGACGAUCUCGAGGAAGAGCUGCGCAUCCGCAAGCUCGAGGCCAUCCGCGACCGCAAGCUUGCCGAGCUCCGCGCCGCCGGAGUGCCGGAAAAGUAUUGUGUCGAGCUCGCCAGCAUGCCGCUCUCCUCAAAGUCGGCCAGCAAGCCUUGGGCCUGAGCAAGCUCGUUGCCGUUGACCUUGUCGUUGUCCCGCCCCUGGUUGGCUGCAAAGCCAGGCUACUACGCCAGCACAGGACAAGCACGACACCAUGAUCACCACCAUGAUUGAUGAUACUGUGGAUAAACCCCGACACAUACUC